CUGACCGAAGGAGACCGCGUAUGUACCUGUGCAUUAAUCUGUCUAACUGCGCUGCCCGUUCAGCUAUCUAUCGACGGAGGGCAUUAGAUAACCAAACGUCUUGACCGAACCGGAGCAAUAAGGACAAAUACUCAAUUUCCCUUGAUACGAAGGUGAAUUACUCCUACCACAACAACGCGGUGUGUGUGUGCAUGAUGAGCGGCUGAGGAGGAGGAGGAGGAGAAGGAGGCUGCGGUCUGAAACUAGAUUUUAUCCAGGAUAUUUCGAAACUAAUGUCGCGUCUUUCACACAAGGGAGCUGCAUAUUGAUUCAGUAUGUUACUGUAUGCCCUAAAUAGUCUCUUUCCAUCACAAUUUUAAGAGGCUUUGACCGGUUUUCUGCCUCCUGAGGAUCCUCCAGCAGCGGGACGUUGAACGUUUUUCCUCCAGAUAUGGAGUGUGAAGAUGCGGAUUACAGAGGAAUCCCCACCGCUAGUUUAACCGCAGUGGUUUCAUCACACACAUCAAUGCGGGGUUGUUUUGGGCAGAAAUAGAACAAAACUAUGAAUACUCAUUUUCACAGCAGAGGAAUAAAUCGGUGAUUUUUGGAGCACGACUGGACUCCCGUUAGGAAACGUGAGAAAGCUACCCUGCUAGCCUGUUUGUAGUAGCUAUUAGCUCCAUUAGCCGGCUAACUGCUAAAAGGUGCUGGCUGGAGGUUUAAAAGCUUUUUAAAAAUUCUGAGCAGGUUUUGCCCACGUUUCCACCCCUCAACGUAGUUAUUUACAGGAUUUGGGAGGAUUUACUCAUCCAGGAAUGAGGUCUCGAACGGAAAGGAGCUGCUUGACCUUGUUUUGGGGUCUGAUGCUGGGUCUGUCGUCCUGCCUCCGGCCCGCCACCGCAGAGAUCUGUGGACCCAGCAUCGACAUUGGGAAUGACAUCAGUGAAUUCAGGCGUCUAGAGAACUGCACAGUGGUGGAGGGCUACUUGCAGAUCCUCCUCAUUGGUGACAAAAACAACAACAACAUCAACCAGGAAGUCUUCCGCUCCCUCAGCUUCCCCAAGCUGACCAUGAUCACAGACUACCUGCUGCUGUUCCGGGUUUCCGGCCUGGACAGUCUGAGCACUCUCUUUCCCAACCUGACUGUCAUACGAGGACGAAACCUCUUCUACAACUACGCCCUCGUGAUCUUUGAGAUGACCAGCCUGAAGGACAUCGGCCUGUACAACUUGAGGAACAUCACCCGUGGCGCCAUCCGGAUUGAGAAGAACCCUGAGCUCUGCUACCUGGACUCCAUCGACUGGUCCCUCAUCAUGGACGCAGAGUUCAACAACUACAUCGCCGGGAACAAGCAGUCCAAGGAGUGCAGCGAUGUUUGUCCGGGCAUCAUGGAGAACAACCCCCAGUGCAGAAAGACCAUGUUCAACAACAACUACAACUACCGCUGCUGGAAUUCCAAUCACUGCCAGAAAGAGUGCCCAGAGAAGUGUGUGCGGCGAGCGUGCACACUGGACGGCGAGUGCUGCCACCCUCAGUGUCUGGGCAGCUGCACAGUCCCUGGUAGUGACACAGCAUGUGCAGCAUGUGUGCAUUAUUACCACCAAGGACGCUGCGUGGCUGACUGCCCUCCCGGCACCUACAAGUUCGAGGGCUGGCGAUGCAUUAGUGCUGAGCUUUGCUCCAAAGUUCACCUCCCUGACUUCAACAGCUUCAUCAUCCACGGCGGAGAGUGCAUGUCCGAAUGCCCACAUGGGUACAUGCAGACCGCACCCAAUAGUAUGUUCUGUACAGCCUGUGAUGGUCUGUGUGAUAAAGUGUGCGAGGAGAAGGUCAUCGACUCCAUGGAUGCCGCUCAGUCUCUCAAAGGCUGCACUGUUAUCAAAGGCAACCUGCAUAUCAACAUCCGCAGAGGCCACAACAUUGUGGCAGAGCUGGAGAGUUUCACAGGUUUGAUCCAGAGGGUGACCGGUAACGUGUGGAUCAGACAUUCCCACACUCUGAGCUCCCUGGCCUUCCUCCGCAGCCUCAGAUACAUCGACGGAGAAGAGCUUCUGGACGACAUGUACGCCUUCUUGGCAGUUGACAACCAGCAGCUCCAGUAUCUUUGGGACUGGAAGCAGCACAAUCUCACCAUAAAGGCAGGAAAGCUUUUCUUCAGAGCCAACCCGAAGCUGUGCAUGUCCGAGAUCCGCAAGAUGUGGGAGAAGACGGGCAUCCAGGGCCGCUUCGAUGAGAGCGACUUCCGAAACAACGGGGACAGAGCCAGCUGUGAAAGUACAAUCCUGAAGUUUAAGUCCAACAGCACCAGCAGUACAAGGAUCAAACUGACCUGGCAGCGCUACCGUCCCCCCGACUACAGAGACCUCAUCAGCUUUAUUGUCUACUACAAGGAGGCGCCAUACCAGAACAUCACAGAGUUCGAGGGGCAGGACGGCUGUGGCUACAACAGCUGGAAUAUGGUGGAUGUAGAGCUGAGGCCUGACAAGGACUCAGACCCCGGAGUUCUGCUGUCCGGCCUGAAGCCCUGGACGCAGUACGCUGUGUUUGUUAAGGCCAUCACACUCAUGGUGGAGGGCAAACAUUUGCCGGGUGCCAAGAGCAAGGUGGUCUACAUCCGCACCAGCCCUUCAGCGCCCUCAAUGCCUCAGGAUGUGCGGGCGUACUCGAACUCAUCUACACAGUUGGUGGUGCGUUGGUCGCCCCCUGUCUCACCGAAUGGAAACCAAACUUACUACCUGGUCAGAUGGCAGCAACAAGCUGAAGACCGAGAGCUGUAUCAGCACAAUUACUGCUCUAAAGAGCUAAAGAUCCCCAUAAGGAUUGCUGCCAUAGGUGUGGGAGACCAGGAAGAGGACACUAAGCCCACUAAGCCAGAUCCUGAUGGGCCAGACAAAGGCCCCUGUUGCCCCUGCCCCAAAUCAGUUGAGGUUCUGGAGGCCGAAGCUGCCGACGCCUCGUACAGAAAAGUCUUUGAAAACUUCUUGCACAACUCUAUUUUUACACCAAGGCCACCAGAUCGUCGCCGUCGAGAUCUCUUUGGUAUAGCCAACUCCACUCACCCCCGCCGUAACCGGCUGCACACUAACAGCAGCAGCACCGUCCCUCCUCCUCUCGCUGCUAGUAACAGCAGCACCGCAGACAUGGAGCCAGCUGACAGAGAGUUUGAGUUUGUGGAGCAAGCUGUGACGGAGCGUGAGCUGCAGAUCUCUGGCCUGCAGCCAUUCACAGUUUACCGCAUAGACAUUCACGCCUGCAAUCGGCAGGUCCAGCGCUGCAGCGCCGCAGAGUUCGUCUUCUCAAGAACCAAGCCCGCAGAAAAGGCUGACGACAUACCAGGCCCAGUGACCUGGGACGGCCACGAGGACUGGGUGUUUCUGCGCUGGCCAGAGCCUCCUCACCCCAACGGACUCAUCCUCAUGUACGAGAUCAAGUUUAAACUGGCUGCUGAGACCGAGAAGCACGAAUGCGUCUCUGGUCAGAUGUAUCAAGGGCAGCGAGGCGUUCGGCUGUCCAACCUCGGUCCAGGAAACUACUCAGUCAGAGUGAGAGCCACGUCAUUGGCUGGCAACGGCUCCUGGACACACGCUCUGGAUCUUUACGUGGCCGAACGAUAUGAGAACGUCCUCUACGCUAUGAUCUUUGUUCCUAUCGUCAUCAUCCUCUUCAUCUGCCUUUUAGUCCCAAUGCUGGUGGUCCUCAGCAGGAAAAGGAACAGCGAUCGGCUGGGAAAUGGAGUCCUGUACGCCUCAGUUAACCCGGAGUACUUCAGCGCUGCAGAAAUGUAUGUUCCUGAUGAGUGGGAGGUGGCACGGGAGAAGAUCACCCUGAGUCGUGAGCUCGGCCAGGGCUCGUUUGGCAUGGUGUACGAAGGCUUGGCAAAGGGCGUGGUCAAAGAUGAACCAGAGACCCGCGUUGCCAUUAAGACUGUAAACGAGUCGGCCAGCAUGAGGGAGAGAAUCGAGUUUCUCAAUGAAGCCUCUGUCAUGAAGGAGUUCAACUGUCACCACGUGGUUCGUCUCCUGGGAGUGGUUUCUCAGGGACAACCCACCCUGGUCAUCAUGGAGCUGAUGACACGAGGAGACCUGAAGAGCUACCUUCGCUCCCUCCGACCCAAAGAGCAACAGUGGUCGAGCCUGUCUCUCCCUCCUCUGAAGAAGAUGCUUCAGAUGGCUGGGCAGAUCGCUGACGGCAUGGCUUACCUCAACGCCAACAAGUUUGUCCACAGAGAUCUGGCAGCCAGGAACUGCAUGGUGGCCGAGGACUUCACCGUUAAGAUAGGAGACUUUGGCAUGACUAGAGACAUCUAUGAGACGGAUUACUACCGUAAAGGCGGUAAGGGUUUGCUCCCUGUCCGCUGGAUGUCACCGGAGUCUCUGAAGGACGGAGUCUUCACCACCACCUCUGACGUCUGGUCGUUUGGAGUUGUACUGUGGGAAAUUGCCACUCUGGCAGAGCAGCCCUAUCAAGGUCUGUCCAAUGAGCAGGUGCUCCGCUUCGUCAUGGAGGGAGGGCUGCUGGAGAAACCACAGAACUGUCCCGACAUGCUGUUCGAGCUGAUGCGAAUGUGUUGGCAGUACAAUCCUAAGAUGCGUCCAUCCUUCGUGGAGAUCAUCAGCAGCCUGAAGGAUGAGCUGGAACCGUCUUUCAGAGAGGUCAGUUUCUUCUACAGUGCCGACAACAAGCCGCCUGACGCUCCUCAGCUCCACCUGGAGAAGCUGGACAACAUGGAUGAUGUCUCUCUUGAGCCCCCUUCUUCCAAGCAGCCACAGCAAACUCCAGUCCCCCAACAGACCCCACCCUCCCCGAGCUCAGAGGCUCCACCCGCCCCCUCGUUAGCGCCCAGCUCCCCCUCCUCCCCUUGUACGUCGGCCGCUGCCAUGGACAAGCAGCCCGCUGGCCAGCAGGCAGCCAACGGGCUGUCGGGGUCGGGACUCGCAGCAGGGUCAGGGGCGGUACGGCCGUCUUUGGACGAACUGCCGCCGUACGCUCACAUGAAUGGAGGACGCAAAAAUGAACGUGCCAUGCCCCUCCCACAGUCCUCUGCCUGCUGAUCGGACGGACACCCACCGGACUGCAAACCCUGCCACAUCCUCCUCAGCAAAACCUGAUGUCUCAGCAGGUGGGAUCUCUUUUUCUUUUAAAAAAAAUAACAAACCAUGUCCACCAGCUGGCUGUGGCUAUUCAGCGAGGAGCAAAGACUCACGGGAAGGUGAAGACAACUGUCACUAAGUCCAUGUUCUGCUGUACCUCCACACCACCCUUUUCAUACUCUUCUAGUUUUGGUUUCUACCAGCUGGCUGUCAGAUGUGACACUGCCCUCGCUGCUGAGUGGGAAGACCAAAAAAACGGAAAAAAAAAAAGAACAAAUUGAUUUGAGGGAGACCUCUCUCUCUCUUUAUGGCUGAACUUAUUUUAUAAAUUGUUGUUUGUUACUUUUUUAUACGUAUUUUCAAGUGGGAAAACAAACUGUUUAGGCCUUUAUAAAUGACCGGCGUCGUGGUGGCUUUUGGGCGGGCAUUAUGGUGAAACUAUUAAGCAUAUCUAAUGAAGAAGCACUUCAGAGAGGCCAGCGUCUCCGGCGGUCGUUCAGUAGUCUUGUUGUCCUGCGGGCUGGGUGUCAGCGUAAUGCCGGGUCAACAGCCAGUCCGCUUAAACUAACAACCAGAAGGAGAAGAGGUCAAAUCUGCCAAAUUUGUUGCCAAAAUUGUGGGGGGUUUUUUGACAAAUUUUCUCUUCUGCAGUCUUGCCCUGUAAUUCUCCAACACAACGGAUUGAAAAUGGAAGCAAAACAAAAAGCACUUGCUUCCAGGUCAUUUUUAGAAUCUGUGGUCAAUGGGAUAGUAACUUCCCUCGACAGUCCUACACUAUCCACAGCUGCUGUACUCGAUCAAACUGACGUGUGUAACAUCAGUUAAUCUGACAUUGAGCCACAUCCUCUCACAAAGUGCCGUUCGGUUACGGUUUAAACACCAAAUCCACUCAAUAAAAGAGCAAAAACAGAAAUCCUUAAAGCAUGGGCUGCUGAGGGAAGCUCAUAAAGAGGAAAUCGAAUAUGAACACUAGAUCUAUAACACCUCUCGAUCGAGGUUUGCUCCGAGUUCAGAGGCGUCAAACAGGUAUGUUUUUAGACUAGUCAUUAGUCUCCAACAUCUCUCUGUGGGCAGAGCAUUUAUGUACGCACCAGUUGUUUGUGUGACUUUUCUAACUUUUCUACAGUUGGAGACAUUCAUCAUGUACAGAAAGAAGCUGCUAUUCCUUAUUUCUCUUGUGGUUGUAAUAUAGUUGAUAUCUAUAUAUAAAAAGAGAAAAAAAACUCCUUCAGGUUGGAUCUACGAACGUUUCCACUACAGUCCAUUUUUUAAAUGCUUGUAAUUGUGUAAAGUGUAUCUGAGCUGGUUUUUGGUUUCUGUGUUUGCGUAAAGGUACGACAGUUUGCCUUGUGUUCUGAAACACCGGUAACUUCCCCUCCCAUCUGACUCCAGGACAGUGAUGGUACCAAUGAUCGAUGUUCUGUUCUCUCGGGAAGCCUCGGCCUCUGUACUCUAGGGUCUAUACUGGGACUCCCUAAAAAGUCGGUAUUUGGAUCAGCGUGGUGUUGCGGGGCGCAGCAGGGCAUACUUGGGUUAACUGAAAAAUUAGCCAAACUAGACUGAAGAAAACAUUCUUACAGUUUGUUUAAUGCAUGCCAAGUGUACAUACAGAGGAUACCCGUGGUUUCCUAUCAUUUUCGGGGUUUCCCACACAUUCAAUUAUUUAUGACCGCCUGCCAUGAUUAAAACAUCUGGCACCACAUACUGAUUUUCUAUUUUUGGAGCUGGACCAUUCAUUAGAAGCGCUAUUAGAAUACUGUUUGGUUAUUGAUUGCACCACACUAUCUAAAUGCAGAGCGCACUCUGGACACGGAUGGAGCAGUAGAACGCUAGGAGCAGUGAAAGUUAAACUUAAUCAUUCAUUGCACUGGGUCCAAAAGUUUGCAUUCACUGGCCUCUGCAGCAGCAGCUCCUCUCAUCCAACAAUCUUAUUACGAGCUGAUUGACUGAUCAGUUAUCCACCUUGCAAAUUGCUGCUUUGGAAAAAAAGAACUCAUGAAGAGUUCAGCCUUUUAAUUUAAAAAAAACAUGUAAAAGUUGAAGUGUAUCUUCGUGAAUCUAUGCUCACAAAAUUAUAAAAAAUGAUCUCAUGUUAAAGUUACAGUUCUGUGUCCUGUAGGUUUGAUCUUGGGGUAAAGGAAAAGAUUAGUUUAAUAAACAACUUUUUAGCUUACGGUUAUGCUAUCUUAGCCAAAAAAGUGACAAGACGACCCCAAGCGAGCCGACGAGAAUGCACAACAGGCACACAGGAUGUAAGGAACUGCCCCCAGGAUGAAAUACUGCGUUUUUAGAGAGUCCUGGUUUAAACUCAGAGGCCAGAUGUCAAGCAUCACUGCUGAGUCCCAACUAAAUCUCAGGUCAAAGAGAAAAGUAAAAUCCUUCUCUAGUUUUUUUUUUCUUUAACUUUUUUGUGCCGUCAUACCUAGAGACAUCCAGCCUUUUUGUGUGUUAACCUUUGUCUGAUUCUACGUCCCUCUGACUCUUAUUUCAUUGUCUGUGAUCAUUAGACAGGAGGAGCGUUUCUCACUUCAGUCUGAAACCAGAAGGGGGUUUCCAGUUUUAGAUGGGUCUUUGCACAUAAUGUAUGGAGCCCCAACACUGACAAAAUGUAGCCAAAGGUUGUCAGAGUAUUCCACAUAUAACUGAAUACAUCAAUUAAAAAUAUUGUUACUUUAUUAAUAUGAAACAUAUAAAUGAAAUGUACUUUUCUUUUUCUUCCAGUCUGUUGGUAUAUAUAAAUACAAAAAGCUUAGUGGUAACGUUGGGAAAAAAAAUCCCUCCACUAUGAUUUCUUAACUAACAAUAUUAUUCAUUGUGGUGUACAGUAAUAUUUUGAAUGUUUCUCAUAACCUUUCGCCACAUUUUGUCUGUUUCGGGGCUCCAAAUGUUUUUGCAAUGUAAUAACACUGAGUUAAAAGUACAAGCUAAUGCAAAAUCUAAUUUAUUCAGUACAACAGCACGCCUUAAAAUCUUAUUUUUCUAGAGGCGAGUGCAAAAACUUGUGCGUUUGACGAUUUCACUUUCUGCUAAUCAACUUCUCUCUCUUGGAUCACGGGUGGUUUUCUGUAUGCUGCUGAUAAAUCCACAUUAUUUAUCUUCUUUCGACAUAUUAACAUGUUUGCAGAUGAUUGCUGGUGUUAAAACUGGGUUGAGAAAUAGGCUAAGUGAAAUGAUCUCACAGCAUAAAGAUAUUUUUAAUGCCUUAAGAAAAAUAAGAUUUCACAAUGGAGGAUUAAAGGACUCUAUAAUUGUAUCAGAGAGCUAACUGUAACUGGAGAGCCCUGUGCUGAACAUCUGUGCGUUCAACAGACAGCUUUAUCAAGGUUUACUGAAGAAACCCAUCGCACUAAGAUAUGAAGACGAUCUGAGAGGACCACGUGGAAGGAAAUAGUUUGAAUCCCCAGCCCAAAUGUUUCUUGGUUAUUUAUGUUAUCUUUUGUGAAGUGUUAAUCACUGUACAAAUUCCCCACACAUUUUUUUUCUCCCUCUAAUAUUUUGUUUGUUUUGCUAUUUUGGGGGAAGUUUUUUUUUUUUUUUUU